AUGAAGUCGGUGAAGUUCGGGCUUAAAUAUAGAAAACACGGAAUUUGUCUGAAACAAACUGUUGCGGUGUUGAUCAGCGAAGGACCGUUUUUGGUCAUGAAAGGUUUUGCAAAUACAGUUGCUGCCCGAAAGCUGAAGGAUCGUCCGGAGUCAGCCGCAUGUACGCUUGCUCCCGAUCACAGUCUGAUGCACUGGAUUCGCUAUUGUGACACGGCGGAAGAUUUGGCAGGCACUGGUGGAAAGGUGCUGAACGUAACGGCCUAUGAUAUGGCGCUGCAUUCGACGGAAGAUAGUGCAUGGAUGAUUUUGAACGGUCGCGUCUUUAACGUAACACCGUACCUCUCUUAUCAUCCUGGUGGAGUGGAGAAGUUGAUGCUUGCCGCUGGUAAAGACGGGACUGAUUUGUUCAACGCGGUUCGCUUGGAGCCAGGACUGCGGUACGGUGAGGCUCAAGAGUUGGCUGGAGAUGUGGACCAUUCGAUUGUGGAGCUCUGCUUCGGCGACAACGAAAUCGACGUUUUCAUGACGAAGAGGCAGUCAUUUCUAACGCUUUGGACACCACCGCGUUUGCUUCAUGUUAUUGAAGACCUUUCCGUAGAAAACGGAAGAGUGUACAGAAUGGCAAGAAUAGAAUCGAUCAGACAACUGACGUGCGAUACGAAGCGUUACGAACUUGAAUAUUGCGAUGACGAAACGGUUACAAAUAUUCCUGUCGGUUCCCACGUGUUUCUCAAAGCUUCUUUGAAUGGAGCAGAGGUAUGCCGGCCUUACACUCCAGUUUCCUUAGAUCUAACCUCUCUUGAAAACAAGCGGUGGAUGCGUCGUACUUGUAUUAUAAUGAAAAUCUACCAAAAUGGAACUUUUACCACGUACUUUGAUCGCUUGAAGGAAGGGGAUUUUACGGAGCUCAGCUUUCCUUGUGUACCAAAAAGUUUUCACCUGGAUGUUUUUCAGCGAGUUUCUUCGGUGUAUCUAUUCGCAGCCGGUUCAGGCAUCACACCUUUGAUCGAUCUUAUUUUAUUUUGUCUUCAGGAAACGCCGUUGAUGCUGAUGUAUUUUAAUAAAUCUAAGAAUCACAUAAUCCUGUUCGAUUGGCUACAGUCGCUUUCGGAACAGUAUACCGGUCGGUUGAAAAUUUACCACGUUCUAAGUCAGCCAGACACUGAUUGGACUGGAUUGUCUGGUCUUGCCACUGUCGACCUUGUCAGAAGCUCACUGUCCCCGUUCGACCAUUGCAGUCAGAGCUGCGUCUGUGGAUCAGAUGCUUUUGCUGACAGCAUUGCGCGCUACUGCUACGUCGCGUUCAUCACGAAGUUUCACCAGCUGGUGCUGAAAGGGGUGUCCUCCAUUUCACAUACGCCGGUGUACAAAUAUAUUUUCAUAUUCAAUCGGUAG